UUCAGGACUUUAUAUCAUUAGUCGAGCUUGAAUUUGGCAUGAAAAGCGCGCGGGCAGAGCAAGUUGGCACCCCAAAAUAUAAAAAACUCAAAAUUUUCACGCAUCUCUCUGACUCACCCCUCUUUCUAAAAUCUUCCCUAAUUAGAAGAACCCUAGACGUUACAAAGGAGGACUAUAAGGCACGAUUCCUCUUUUCAUCCAUCUCCUCGGUACCAACAGUUUUUAUCAGACAGAUGCGAUAUAGGAGCGCUUCCUUAAUUUAGGCUUUUGCACAACUUUCUGCCAGCUGAAAAGUUGUUGAUCAUAAGAUCGCAGUAUGAGCAGUCAGGAACAAAUAGGUCAUCCAUCCAGGUGCGCAAGAGCUUUACAGAGGAUGAAGAGUUCACUCAAUGUUGAUCUCAAUGUCAUGCCUCCAUGGGAGAACCUUAAUCAGGAGGGAACCUCUACUCGCUCCGUUUCUCAGGAUAUGCGACAUGCUCAAAGAGUCACCUCGAGUACUGAACCAAUUGACAUUGAUGGACUUGAUGAUGAUGAUGUCACUAUAUUAUCUCGCCGUGCCUUUGCUCAAGCCAAGAACAACCUUAGAAGGAACCGUGGACAGGCUGCUGUGGUUGAUGUAGAUUCAGAUGAGUGUCCGCUCAGGGUUACAUCUACCAACACUAACAAGCGCAGAAGGGCUCGGACAAACCAACCAGUUACAAACACCAUAACAUGCAUAAACCUUGAAGAAUACAAUAACUCAAAGGUAUUGGUAGUCCUCUCUCUGUUAUCCAAAUAUAGGCACAUACCCCCCCCCCCACCCCCCACCUUCAUAGUGCUUAUUGUUUUAUACAACAUCCAAUUUGUUUAUAUAUUAUAAAAAUGCAUCAGGAAGUGGCAUUGGUAUUGGCACCUCCUCCACCAAAGGAGCCGGUGUUCAGUUGUCCAGUUUGCAUGGGCCCACUAGUUGAGGAGAUGUCGACCAAAUGUGGUCACAUCUUUUGCAAAGUGUGCAUCAAAGCUUCUAUCGCUGCUCAGGGUAAGUGUCCUACUUGUCGGAGGAAGAUUACUAUGAAGAACACCAUACGAGUCUACCUACCCUCUACAAGCUGAGCUUGUGAUUAUUUUCACCUCCGGCGUUCACCCCUUGCACCAUUUGACUAGGGAUGGCGCACUUUGUUGGAAGCAGGAAUAACAAAGAAAGUCCAUACUCCUUGGUAAAAUGACUCAAUCCUUGUUGUAAUAGUAAUCAAUGAAAAGAGUUUUUUGGCCUUUUUAAAGCUCAUGUAGCUAUUUAAAGAUCUGUGCUGUAUUAAUAUUGCAAUGCAUCAAAUAACUUUGUUCUUUGGUAGCACUACAUAACAUUACUGAGGUCUUGUAUCUCUGUUCUUUGAUGGGUGUACAUCCUGUUACAGUAUUACCAUGUUGAGUCGUCAUUUGAGACUUUGCAUACGCACAUGUAUGAUGUAUAUAUGGGUGAACUUGCUCGGUUUUAAUGUUUUUUCCUCUUAAAAUGUAUUUCCAU